AUGGAAAUACCAGACAAUAUUACAGAAUUUUUCAUGCUGGGACUCUCACAGAACCCUGAAGUUCAGAGAGUCCUUUUUGUUUUCUUUUUGUUUGUCUAUGUACUCACAGUGUGUGGCAACAUGCUUAUUGUAGUUACUAUCACCACCAGCACCACCCUUGUUUCCCCUAUGUAUUUUUUCCUAGCCAACCUCUCCUUUAUUGACACCUGUUAUUCUUCUUCUAUGUCCCCGAAGCUUAUUGCUGACUCUUUAUAUGAGGGAAGAACCAUCUCUUAUAAGGGCUGCAUGACUCAGCUCUUUGGAGCCCAUUUUUUGGGAGGCGUAGAGAUCAUUCUUCUCACGGUGAUGGCCUAUGACCGCUAUGUGGCCAUCUGCAAGCCCCUGCACUACACAACCGUCAUGACCAAGCAUCUCUGUGCCAUGCUGGUGGGAGUGGCUUGGUUGGGGGGAUUCUUACAUUCACUUGUUCAGCUUCUUCUGGUUCUUUGGUUGCCCUUCUGUGGGCCCAAUGUGAUCAAUCACUUUGUCUGUGACUUGUACCCCUUGCUGGAACUCGCCUGCACCAAUACCUACAUCAUUGGUCUGCUUGUGGUGGCCAACAGUGGUGUGAUCUGCCUAGUGAACUUCCUCAUGCUGGCUGCCUCUUACAUUGUAAUCCUGCACUCCUUAAGAUCCCACAGUCCAGAGGGGAGACGCAAGGCCCUCUCCACCUGUGGGGCCCACUUUACUGUUGUGGCCUUGUUCUUUGUGCCCUGUGUAUUCACCUAUAUGCGUCCAUCAACUACUUUACCUAUAGACAAAAACAUGGCAUUAUUUUAUGGUAUUCUGACACCCAUGUUGAACCCACUCAUUUAUACCUUGAGAAAUGAAGAGGUAAAAAAUGCCAUUAGAAAACUCUUCACACAGUAA